AUGGCUCCACACGCAACAGAUAUCGUGGAAGGAGUCCCACCAAAGUCCAAAAAAGCAGAUCAAGGCAUAUUCACAUCAUACGGCAAAGACAAGAGUUCAAGCGUACAGGCACAAAUCCCAGUGAUUCCCAAAUUCGACAGUUUUGCAGAAGAUCGCCAAUAUCAGAAACAACAUGCUGCCGCUGCAUUUCGAUAUCUUUCUAAACAAGGUUUCGACGAGGGUAUCGCAGGACAUAUUUCUCUACGAGACCCUGAACAUCAUGAUCAAUUCUGGAUCAAUCCACUUUGCAAGGCCUUUAGCACCAUGAAGGCAUCGGAUUUGGUAUUGGUGGAUGAAAACGGCACUAUUCUCAAAGGUGGAAACCAAGUGCCCAUUAACCCGGCUGGAUUCAUGAUUCAUUCGGCUAUCCACAAGGCAAGACCUGAUGUCAAUGCGGCGGUUCAUGCACAUACGGUCUAUGGAAAGGCUUUUUCUGCUCUGGGUGUCGAACUUGACAUGAUUUCCCAGGAUGCGUGCAACUUCUUCUACCAAGACCACAGCGUCUACACCAACUUCGGAGGCACUGUUCUCGACGAAGAAGAAUCAGGUCACAUUGCCAAAGCGUUGGGCAAUAAUUCAUCCGUUAUCUUACAGAAUCAUGGUCUUCUUACUGUGGGACACACUGUCGAUGAAGCAGCCUAUCUAUUUGGUGCAAUGGAUCGCCUCUGUCACGCGCAAUUACUUGUUGAUGCCGCCGCACAAGGUCGAGGUAUCAAAACUAAGAUCGUGGGCCAUGAAGAGGCGAAAUUCAGUCAUGAUAAAUUGGUGGAUAAGAAUAUUAGAUGGAUGUUCUUCCAACCGGCAUAUGAAGAGUUGCUUGAGGAGACGGGAGGGGCGUUUUUGGCUUGA